AUGCCCGAUAAUUCUAAUAAACGUGCCAUUCAUAAUUAUUUCCAAGCCAAGAAACAGACAAUCACCUACCAGACUGAGGCUACCGGCCCGCAACACGAGCCAACCUGGAAAUCCAUGCCAUACGUGAACGGGGUGGCCUUAUUAGAUCAAGCUGUGACAGGCAAAAGGCUGAAAGACGCAGAGGAAGAAGCAGCGAAACAGUUGUGUAUCAAGUACGGUAUCCCCGUAGUCUGA